AUGGAAUCGGGGCUGAUCCGGCGUUUAGCACCGCGCUUGGGUAUCGCCGAGCCAGAUGUGCUAAGGAAAGCAGAGGAGUACUUGCGACUGUCCCAGGUGAACUGUAAUGGCCUGUCUGCACAUACCACAGAAACCAGCAAUGCAGUCAUGUGCCUGGAUCUUGCAGCUUCCUGUAUGAAGUGCCCCUUGGACAGGGUUUAUUUAAUUAAACUUUCUGGUUUGAACAAGAAGAUGUAUCAGAGCCGUCUUAAAUCUUUUGAGUGUUUACUGGGCCUGAAUUCAAAUAUUGGAAUAAGAGACCUAGCUGUACAAUUUAGCUGUACAGAAGCAGUGAACAUGGCUUCAAAGAUAUUGCAAAGCUAUGAGUCCAGUCUUCCACAAACACAGCAGUUGGAUCUCGACUUAUCCAGGCCACUUUUCACCACUGCUGCACUACUUUCAGCAUGCAAGGUGUUAAAGCUAAAGGUGGAUAAAAAUAAAAUGGUAGCCACAUCUGGUGUGAAAAAAGCCAUAUUUGAUCGACUGUGUAAACAAUUAGAGAAGAUUGGGCGGCAGGCUGACAGAGAAGCUGGAGAUUCAGCUACUCCACCACAGAAGAAAAAGAAGACAAUGGUUGAACCUCCAGCAAAAGAAACAGAGAAGGUAGUAGACAGACCACAUAAACUGCAGAAAGAUGAAGAUCUGACACAGGAUUAUGAAGAAUGGAAAAGGAAAAUUUUGGAAAAUGCUGCCAAAGCACAAAAGGUUAUAGCAGAGUGA